UCUGGGAGCUUUUUCUUUUUGGUGGGAGGGAUUUUUUGAGAGGCGUUUCCGCAGACUGAGUACGCUAUUCCGGGAUUAUAUAUGUGCCACUCGUCACGUAUUUUCAUACAUUGCGCAUUUGGGCCCAGCGAGCAGCACAAUAUCACGAAGGUUUGAGAUAUUCCAAGAAAUAAAGAUUUAGAAUGGCCAACUACAUUCACGUACCGGACGAGGCUCCCGCCGUGCCCAAAAUAGACGUAACAGUUGACGAAAGCGACUACAGAUCCGGUGCACUGAGGCUGAUCAAGGAGCUGAGACCAAAUUGGAAGCCAUCCGAGGUCAAACUGAAGUUUUUUACCGAUGGGAUCACCAAUAAGCUGCUGGGGUGCUACGUGGGUGCCGUCAUGCAGGAUGUCGUCCUGGUCCGUAUUUAUGGCAACAAAACUGAACUGUUGGUUGACCGGGAGAAUGAAGUAAAAAGUUUUAGAGUACUACAUGCAAACCGCUGUGCUCCACACCUAUACUGCACCUUCAACAAUGGACUUUGCUAUGAAUUUCUGCAAGGAACUGCACUGGAGCCCGAGCACAUUCGCAGCAAACCUGUGUUCAGUCUCAUUGCCAGGCAGCUGGCCAAGUACCAUGCCAUACAUGCCCACAAUGGCUGGGUACCCCAGUCUGACAUGUGGCUGAAGUUGGGCAAAUACUUUGCUCUCAUCCCCAAGUACUUCAAGGACCCAGAGCGCAACGCCAGGUUGAGCAUGGAGGUGCCAAGCUCACGGUGCCUCCGAGAAGAGCUAGUGUGGCUCCAGCAGAGCCUGUCUGUGCUGGGCUCCCCAGUUGUUCUCUGCCACAACGACCUUCUCUGCAAAAACAUAAUUUAUAAUGCGGAGGCAGGCAAUGUAAAGUUCAUUGACUACGAGUAUGCUGGGUACAAUUACCAAGCCUACGACAUUGGGAACCAUUUCAAUGAGUUUGCCGGCCUGAAUGAGGUGGAUUAUAGUCACUACCCUCAGAGGGCCUUUCAGCUGCAGUGGCUGCGCUCCUACCUGGAGGCCUAUAAGGAGCACAAAGGCCAAGGGGAUCAAGUGACUGAUAGAGAGGUGGAGAUCCUUUAUGUCCAAGUCAACCGCUUUUCCCUGGCGUCUCAUUUCUUCUGGGGCCUCUGGGCUCUGAUUCAGGCCAAAGUCUCCACCAUCGACUUUGAUUUCUUGGGAUAUGCAGUCCUGCGCUUCAACCAGUACUUCAAGAUGAAACUUGAGGUGGCCGCGCUGAACUUACCCGAAUAAUAGCCCUCCCACAGCCCCAUCUUCUCUUCUUUUUUCUCUUCCUCCCAUCCAACCUCCUGAGGCUCAUAUGAAGAAUGCGGAGCGCCCUGUAGAGGUGUAUGUAGGGAAGAGCCAGAUUCAGAGUCUGUCCUGCUCAGUGCCUACAGGUCUCCUCUACAUGUCCUUAUCUUUAUAGAUUAAAAGGACCACAAGCUUUUCCUUCCUCUGACUACACACCCUUGUUAACAGGUAGCCCAUGUCAUAUGGAAUGUGUAAAGCAGAGACUCGAACCUAUGAUGUGAAACCCACAUGGCAGAAUAGGGUUUUUUGGGGGGGAGGGGGGAGGGGGUUUAAAUUAUUCUAAUAUUUAUUAGAUAUUGAAAUGAUAUCAGCGUAUCGCGUUUGUCAGCUGCUUUUCUUGGGUCUCAUCGCUAGGAAUAAGACGGAGGAGGAAUGUCCGCUUAUUCGUAACCAACACAUAGCAACCGCCUACAGGACUGACAAGUGGCCUAAACACUAAUCGGAUUGCCUGUCCCGCGUUUCAUGGGGUAAAAAAGACCAGCUAACUACCAAAUUUCCAACAAUAUGAAAGCAAUACAGAGCCAGCUAUGUCUGCUGCAGAUGAAAGAAGAAAGAAUAAUGCCAACGGGGAAAGACCAGUGCUGUUCCGUAGUCUGAGCUGAGCCCAAUCACAAAGAGUACUCGUGAUCUGCCUUGUGACUCUUGUUUUCACCCUUAAAAAACGGCGCAGUCAUUGUUUGCGUCACAGUGCGUCUCACUGUACUUUGGACAUUCCAUCUUCAUAAUGCCAGAUAGGACAUUUGCUUGUGGUUCACAUGGUAGGUUUGAUUGGCAGAGGUCUUCAUUCACUGUGACAUGCUCUGUGAGACGCGCUGUGCUAAACGAGAACCAAACCAUUUUCUUGUCUUCUCAAGAGUCGAGUGACUUUUGAGAAUCCUCUUUACUAUUACAAAACAGUGCUGUUAAGUCCUAAUGAGGGAAAGCUGAUUUUACCCAUGAUUUCACCUUGUCGACUUUCGGAUCGCUGAGCCACUGUUUGCAUUCGUCAUGUUAAGCACCCCAUGUUAAAAGGUCUGUUGAAAAGUGGAGUUUUUGGAAAAAGAAAGUGGAGCAGGUUGGUUACGCACAUCUGCGUUUAGUUCCAAACAGUGUAAUGCAUGUGAGCGGUUAGUGGGACCUAAAGAGCAAGAGCGCCACCUGUUGAAGGAAAGAAGUAAUGGUAGCUGCCAGUAACUGUCUUUGUGUGUUUUUUAAAUGCGCUUUAGGAGGCCUUCUAAAAAAACCCAUCUCGGUGUUACUUUAACUGGCCUACACCAAAGUGCUGACAUCAGUUUUGUGUUUGUACAUUUUGUGCAUUGUUCCAAUUUUCCAUGUAGCACAAGGAGAUUAAGAGUUACAGUUGUAUAGACUUUUUAUACUUUACGUGAUAACGGCUGAGGUCUUUGAGAGUGUGUGGAUGUUUGCUGACGAAACGGUAGAUGGCCCUUGGACAAAGAUGGCAUAAUAUGAGAAACUAUUAAGUAAACUGUCCAAACAGGUUUUCUUAUUUACUCCAAAUUGGUUUGCAGCUCAUGCAGUUUUUUUCCCAGGCGCACGUUGCUGUAAAAGGUUUGCAAAGCGCUGUGACGAGGCCAUUACUGACCAGACUGGAUUGUCCAUGUGUUGUUUUCUUAGGCUCUGCCAGUCUUAUUUUUGUCCAUUCAGGUUUGAAGGUCAAAGCUCAUGAAUUCCCUCCUGUUAAAUUUAGAAUUGCUUGGCUUUCAUUCUGGUAGAUUCAGAUGGCUGAAUUAAUGAGUAGUUUGUGGCAGGCCUAAAACGAAUUUGAAAAGGGUACUGUAGGUGAAGAUCUUCUAUUGAAGCAUAUAUAUAUAUAUAUGAAAGAUUGUUUUCAGUUGGGUGUCUUGAUUUGUACCCGACCGUGUCAGAUACACCAUACAUUUACACACACCAAUUUGACUGCCACCGGAAUCUUUACAAUGAUAAUUGUACUGCUGAAAUAUUUCCUAUACGCUCCAUUUCCUGAUAGGGACUUUCACUACUGGUUAACGUUGUACAGAAAUAUGCUCAUUAAUUUCAUUGGACACUUUAGCAUUUGUUUAUAUGUACAGUAAGCACAUGUAAUAAAAUCUUUGCUUGUUAUGAAAUGUGAAUGAAUGUACAUAGGGAGUUCUUUUAUUUUCUAAAAGUUGGAUUAAAGUGAAGUUGCCUUGGCUAAUAGGUGAAAUAAAUACAUUUUCAAUACUGUAAACAUACUUUGAAAAAUAAAGUAUAUUUACCCGUCA